AUGUGGGCUCCAUUCAAAUCGUGGAUUGCUCUUUAUGCCGAUGGCGGCGAUACACGCUCGUGUUUCCUGGCUCUGGAGAUGUCCGACUCCAAAGGAGUUGCCGAAGGGGACUUGAUCGGUCCCAGCCCAAGGCCCGGGAAGGACGAGUCGAGACACCCCUUAUAG